AUGAAAACAGAUUACUAUGAGCUCCUAGGAGUGGAGACCUCGGCCACCGAUACAGAGCUCAAAAAGGCAUAUAGGAAGAAGGCUCUCCAGCUUCAUCCAGACAAAAACCCUCAUGAUGUGGAGGGUGCUACAGCUCGAUUUGCAUUGGUGAGAGCAGCAUACGAAGUCCUCUCAGAUCCACAAGAACGUUCAUGGUACGACUCUCACAAGUCGUCGAUCCUUAGAGACGACGAUGACUACGACAUUCCAGCGGAGGAGGACAUGAUAAUACCGUCGAUUUCGCCCGACGAAAUUAUGAGAUAUUUCAACCCAGCUUUAUACACCAAGUUUGAUGACUCACAGCAAGGUUUCUACUACGUUGUGUCACGGCUUUUCGAAAGACUUGCCUGCGAGGAGAUCACCCAUGGAAAGGCUCAGAGCCUUGAUGGCUACUCCAAAUAUAAAGAUGACGAUCUAACCAACAUAAGUGUCAUUGACGAAUCCUCCUUGUUAUACCCUCGAAUGGGUGGAACCAGAACCCCAUAUCAGGAUGUCCGUAAGUUCUACGCUCUGUGGUCUUCCUUUCAAAGUGUGAAAUCGUUCAAUUGGAAGGAUGAAUACAGAUACUCCUCCGCACCCGACAGAAGAACCAGAAGAUUGAUGGAGAGAGAAAACAAGAAGGCCAGAGAUGUUGCCAGAAAGGAAUACAACGAAGUUGUAAGAAAGUUUGUGCUGUUUAUCAAGAAAAGAGACCCUAGAGUUAAGGCAGGAGCUGAAGAGUUUGAAAAGGAAAAGAAAAAGAAAUUGCAAAAAGACUUGGAGGAACAAGCGAAGGCCGUCAAAAAGGACCAGAAGCUUUGGAACUAUACCGAGCAAGACUGGCAACAGCUCUCGCUGAAAGAAUUGGAUGAAUUAGAGAAUAUGCUCAAUGAAGAAUAUGACGUUUCAUCGGACUCCGAUAGUGAAUUUGAUGAAUUUGACAACCCCAAGGAAGAUGAAGAGUACGAAUGCAUAAUAUGUGACAAGGUCUUUAAGAGUGAAAGUCAGUUUCAAACACACGAGCUGUCGAACAAGCAUAAAAAGAAGUUGAAUAGAUUGAAAUGGGAAAUGAGAAAAGAAGGGAUAGAGUUGGGAUUGGAUAACGAAGACGAUGACGAAUUUGAAACGGCGUCAGAAGAAUUGGAUCUGGACGAGGAUAACGAAGAAGAUGAUGAUGACGAUGAAGAAGAAUUCGAACAAAUGGAUGAUGUCAGCAUUGAAGAUAUAGAGGAGAUACAGGACAUAGCUGAAACUCCUGAAACCAAUGUUAAGCUGGAACAGCCACCUGCCAAAAUCAACUUUGAUGACUUUGAAGUUGAUGAUGACGUGGAAUUUGAGGACGAGAUCGAUUUCGUGUCAAGCAAGAAUUCCACACCCAAACCCGAACAGAGCACCAAGUUUAAGACAGAUACUGUGGACGAGGAACUCACCAAGUUAGCAAAUGGUCUCAAACUCGACGAUAGUGACGACGAUUGGACGUCAAACAAGAAGAAGGGAAAGAAAGGAAAAAAGAAGACCGAGAAGUCACAGUCGCCAGCCAACCCCGAGCCUCAUUCGGAGGCCAAGACAGGCAAGGCUUCCAAGGCUAAUAAGGAGAAGAUAAAAAUACCAAAUGGGUCUGAAAAGUGUGUUGUAUGUGACGAGAUUUUUUCUUCCAGAAAUAAAUUAUUUCAGCAUGUCAAAUCGACAGGCCAUGCUGCACCAGUGAAAGAGGUCAAAGGUAAGAAGAAGAGA